CUGGGUGUUCUUAAUUUGGGCUCGCAUCAAACUUUCAUCGAGAAAUAGAGAUACAGGUUGGUUUCUGAUGGCGGAAACUCAGGGGAAGAAGAGAAAAAUGGCGGGUAGAAGAUGGGAGGGGGAUUUCAAGAAAACAGAUCCCUCUUCGAAGUGGCCAGCCAUUAAACCCAAGCAGAAUCUUCAAAUCUCCCGCCUGAAAGAUAAUGAUCUUUUCACUGUGCCAAGUUUUUUCUCAUGUGUUGAGUCAAAAGGAUUCAUCAAGGCUGCAGAGUCAUUGGGUUUUGUUCAUCAGGGGAGCCUUGGUCCUACUAAAGGAGAAGCUUACAGAGAUAAUGAUCGAAUCUCGGUGAAUGAUCCUGAUUUAGCAGACAUCAUUUGGCGUUCAGGGCUUGAUAACCUAUUUUCUGAUAUUAAAAUUCGGGGAAAAGUUGCUGUUGGGUUGAAUCCAAAUAUCAGAUUAUACAGAUACAAGGUUGGUCAGCGCUUUGGACGUCAUAUUGAUGAAAGUGUUGAUCUUGGAGAAGGCAAGCGCACAUAUUAUACUUUGUUAAUAUACUUAAGUGGAGGUUCCAAAAACAAAACGAAAAAUGAUACGAACAAUUCCAAAGAUCCAUCUUCUGAGCCUCUGGUUGGAGGGGAAACUGUUUUCUAUGGUUCAAGGAAUGGUGUUGUUGCUGAGGUGUCUCCUACUGAAGGGAUGGCUCUCCUGCACCUUCAUGGGGACAAGUGUUUGUUGCAUGAAGCUCGCAAUGUUACAAGGGGAGUCAAAUAUGUUUUCCGUUCAGAUGUCAUAUUCUCUUCAUGAUUAGUUCAGGCCUCCUGAUGUCAUGAUUACUGCAAAUUGAUCACUCAGGUAGCCUCUUCAUUUGAUUCUAUGGCCAAACACCAGAUUUUAUCUUGGAAAAGAGCUCCGUCAAUGUCGAUUUAUUUAUUUUUUAUUAUUAUUGUUUUUUUGCAUCCAGGUUGGUUCCUGGAAUAAGCUAUAGAAUUCAGUUUAUCAUUUGUUGAAAUGACGUGGUUCAUAAUCUUGUAAGUUGUACUACUAAGUGGCUGGUUGAAUUAUAUGACAUUCUACUGCAUAUGAUGCCAUUCUGAUAUAUUUACCAUCGUCA